UCACGCACCACCAUUCCUGGCUAAUUUUUGACAUGUAGAAAGCACUAUAAAAUGUUAGCUAUUUUAAUUAUAUUACCGAUCACUUAGCUUUCUGCUCCCCAAGCCACUGCCAAUUUCCAGAUAGCUAACCCCACAUUCCACCACUGACCUCCAUAAUAGACCUUGGUUUGUCUGGCUAGUGUGGAAACCUCGUUUUCUUUUUCAGUGUCUGCUCUUUCAAAGGAUGUUCUCCUGGCCAUCCAGUGAUGCCCUUUAUACAUCCAGUGAUGCCUUCUGCCUAAAGUACCAGGCUUCUCUGCACAGCUAGGGUAGAGAAGACGAUGUACAGUCUCACAUCUACCUGAAACUAGGAACCACAAUGGACACUGCCAGCCAUAGCCUUGUUCUUCUGCAGCAGCUGAACAUGCAGCGAGAAUUUGGUUUUUUGUGUGAUUGCACAGUUGCAAUUGGAGAUGUUUACUUCAAGGCUCACAGAGCAGUACUUGCUGCUUUUUCUAACUAUUUCAAGAUGAUAUUUAUUCACCAAACAAGUGAAUGCAUAAAAAUACAACCAACUGACAUCCAACCUGACAUAUUCAGCUAUUUGUUGCACAUUAUGUACACGGGGAAAGGGCCAAAACAGAUUGUGGAUCAUAGUCGUUUGGAGGAAGGGAUUCGAUUUCUUCAUGCCGACUACCUUUCUCACAUUGCAACUGAAAUGAAUCAAGUGUUCUCACCAGAGACUGUGCAGUCCUCAAAUUUAUAUGGCAUUCAGAUCUCAACAACCCAAAAAACAGUGGUCAAACAAGGACUGGAGGUCAAAGAAGCUCCUUCUAGUAACAGUGGAAACAGAGCUGCUGUCCAGGGUGACCACCCCCAGUUGCAGCUGUCUCUUGCUAUUGGUCUGGAUGAUGGCACUGCAGACCAGCAGAGGGCCCAUCCUGCCACCCAGGCCCUGGAGGAGCACCAGAAGCCCCCAGUUUCCAUCAAGCAGGAGAGAUGUGACCCAGAAUCUGUGAUGUCCCAGAGCCACCCCUCACCCUCAUCAGAGGUGACAGGCCCCACUUUUACUGAAACCAGUAUCAGAAUACACUUAUGCCAUUACUGUGGGGAACGUUUUGAUUCCCGUAGUAACCUAAGGCAACAUCUCCAUACACAUGUAUCUGGAUCCCUGCCAUUUGGUGUCCCUGCUUCCAUUCUGGAAAGUAAUGACCUUGGUGAAGUGCAUCCCCUUAAUGAAAACAGCGAGGCUCUGGAAUGUCGCAGGCUCAGCUCCUUCAUUGUUAAGGAGAAUGAACAGCAGCCUGACCACUCCAACCGGGGUACCACAGAGCCUUUGCAGAUCAGUCAAGUAUCUUUGAUCUCCAAAGACACAGAGCCAGUAGAAUUAAACUGUAAUUUUUCUUUUUCAAGGAAAAGAAAAAUCAGCUGUUCCAUCUGUGGUCAUAAAUUCCCUCGAAAGAGCCAAUUGUUGGAACACAUGUAUACACACAAAGGUAAAUCUUACAGAUAUAACCGAUGCCAAAGGUUUGGUAAUGCACUGGCCCAGAGAUUUCAGCCACAUUGUGACAACUGGUCUGAUGUCUCCCUGAAAAGUUCUCGCUUGUCACAAGAACACUUAGACUUGCCUUGUGCCUUAGAGUCGGAGCUUACACAAGAAAAUGUGGAUACUAUCCUAGUUGAGUAGCAGCUUCUCUUUCAGAAUUGUUAGACCAAUUCUGAAAAAAAAAUUGCAUGGCAUUUUUUAUUCAUAAAUUAUUUUCCCCUCAGUUCCAUUGACUUUUUUUCUUCACAGCUUAUCCAUAGUUUUAAGGUUGUAUAUAUUAGGUCUUCUCAUAAGACUUAAUAUGUGGCUAUUAAAAUGUAACCUUCAAUUAGUACUAUGAACUUUUCACAAAUGAAAUCACAAUUUAGAAAUCAGAAGUCAAUGUGGAAAUAUGGAAACUUUAAAUAGGUAUUUAUAGAAUUUCCAAGUUUAGUCAUAGAAUCAGUAAAAUCAAAUUGAAUAUAAAGUAAAUGAAAUCUGUUCUAAAGCAUUUUCUGAACUAUCACUUUUGCUUACAUUUCACAUGAAUUCACUCCUACAAGGAUUAUUUUUAAAUACUUUCUUCCAUAUAGGAAAUUAAUAGUUAUUUUAAUGCAUAACUAUAUGUUAUACAUAUGUUAUAAUGUAUAAAAAUUUAUUUUAAGAUAUACCAAAUCAUGAGUAGUUUUAUUUUUUACUACUAGCUCUACAACAACUUACCUACAUGGCUUCUCUUUACUUUUUGACAUUGAGUAUACCUCAUUUUUAGUAAAAAAUAGUUAAAAGGGAGAAGAGUCAGAAAGACAUUAAAAAAUCUUUAAGAAAUAAUAAGAUAUGUACACAUAGAAAAAUAAACAUGCAGAGACAGAGACUCCGCUAGAACUGCAUUCACUAAAAACCCCAGGGUUAUUACCUUGGUCUAGAGUAUUUUCUUAGACACCUUAAAAAGACCAGAGGUUUACAUGAGUUGAAAGAGAAAGAUGAUAAAAUACAAAUCAUCUUUCUACCCUCAGUGUCAGCUGACUUUUUGGGCUGCCUGGGUUGAUAUUAAUUUUCUAAAAAUCACUUGAAAAAGUAACUUUUUGGUGGCACAGUUUUUACUUUUUUUCUGAUCCAUAAAACCAGCAAAGUAGAUACAUUCAAUGGUCUGUAACUACAUUUAAAAUCCAUGAUGGUAGCUUUCCCUGUAUAAAUUAACUUAACUCUCUUUUAUAAUGGUGACACUUACAAAGCUAAAACCCCAGGAAAAUUAAAGUUGAUGGAAUAAAUUACAGAUUCUCCUGCUCUGUGCACCUGGGAAAUAGCUGGUUAAGCUUCGCCACAAACGAAAGAUCUGCGAUGUUUAAAUUUCAAAUACUGCACAGUCAAGGAUAAUAAAACAGACUCAUUUUUUGCCCUCUUGUUGAAUUCUAAGCUUCACAGGCAUUUGAAUACAUCUAAAAAAAAUUGGUUUGUGAGCCUUAGAAUUUAACCAUGAACAAAACUCUUGAGCUUCCUCCAGACUGAACACUUUCAAGGACAUUUCCUGACACAUUCAGCAACAUCAGUGUUCAACCAGGAGGGCGCGCAAAGAAUAAUCCAGCUAAUUCUAAGGACACAAAGGUUUCUCUAGGUAAACAGUAGUUCAGGUAAAUUACAAAGUGAUAAAUUUUUCUUGAAGACUGAAUGAGGAAAACUACUGGGUAUUAUGUAAGGCAGUUGAGUUUCUGCCUUAGACAAGUGAGUAAAGGCGCAUAUUGUCAAGUCUGAUGUGUGUUGAGAGCAAAUCUAACUGUUGAUAUGAUUAAUUGUAUUGGGAGUAAUUAAAACAAAUGUAUUGUUCUUUGA